GGAGAAAGCGAGGAGUUCCAACACGAAUACCUGACCUAACCCACCAACCCAAUUGCCAUCGCAAUCACAGCCUCGUUGGCUAUUCAUUAAAAAGCUAGAGCAAUGGCUUACGACUGGUGCAAACAUCCAACUGGGUCCGCGUUUCUUCUUGUUUGUUUUUCAGCUAAGAUUUUGAAGGGUUUAUCUUAAAAGAGUUAGAAUUCAAAUACAACCCACCAACUGUUCACUUGUGCCUGUUUUCGUUUGCACUUCGCAUUAACCAUUUUGCUUUAUUUUUACUCAAUUGCUUCUCUUAGCUUAGUUGUUGCUUUAUCCAAUAUUAUUCUUUUAAGGAAUUGUUUUGUGUCUUGUUGAAUGGAUACGUCAAAAAGCCAACCAAACCUUAUCUGCAGUUGUUUUUCUCAAUACACCAGCUCAUAUUCAAUAUAUAUUUUGUUGCUCAAGCUAUUUGACCGACACUCUUUGAUUUAUAUAUGAUGUUUCAGAGUUGUUGGGUUUCUGAUUUUUCUUUCCAUGCGAGUGGUUCUAAAAUCCAAGUAAGACUCACCAACCUUGCAUUCCUUCAACCAUCGACUUUUAACUACCCUGCUGCCUGGGCUACUAACAUUUAAGGCUGACUCUUUACGAACAGCACUAGUUCAUUUCGUUUUGUGUCUUGUUCACUAUUUGAUAACCCAAUCUUUUGAUCAUUUAUCUCCAAAUGGGAAGUAUUGGAAUUUUGAAUAAUUCAACUUUGAUUUGUGCUCCACUAAUGGCUCAAUCCGUUGAGCAAAUGGUGAGUGAUAUGUACGAGGCAAAAGCACAAGGUGCGGAUGUAGUUGAAGUCAGGUUGGACUGUAUUAAGAACUUCCAGCCUCGCCAAGACCUUCAAACCAUCAUCAGAAAAAAGCCCUUGCCAGUGCUCAUCGUGUAUCGGCCAAGGUGGGAAGGUGGCCAGUAUGAAGGUGAUGAGCGCACACGGUUGGAAACACUCCAUUUAGCCAAAGAUUUGGGAGCUGAUUACAUUGAUUUUGAGCUCAAGGUGGCUUCUAAUCUUAGGGGAGAACUGAAAAUGGAUCAUCACUGUGGUAGCAAAGUUAUUGUUUCAUGCUAUGUAAAUGGUAUGACCUCUCUGGAAGAUUUGAGCCAUCUUGUUGCAAGCAUGCAAGCUACUGGAGCAGAUAUCAUCAAACUUGUCACAAAUGCAAUUGAUAUUACAGAAAUAUCAAGAAUUUUUCAGCUACUCUCACAUUGCCAGGUGCCACUAAUUGCAUAUUCAGUCGGUGAAAGAGGCCUUAUGAGCCAGAUAUUGAGCCCAAAAUUUGGUGGUCUUCUAGUCUAUGGAUCUAUGGAAGGAAAUUCAGUUCCAGGCCUGCCUACUCUAGACAGCCUUAGGCAGGCUUAUAAAGUGAUCCAUAUUAAUGCAGAUACCAAAGUUUUUGGGCUCAUCUCCAAACCAGUUAGCCACAGUAAAGGCCCUCUAUUGCAUAAUCCUACUUUCAGGCACGUAAACUAUAAUGGAAUAUAUGUCCCAAUGUUUGUUGAUAAUCUCGAGGACUUCUUUAGUGUCUAUUCAAGCCCUGACUUUGCUGGAUUCAGUGUUGGGAUCCCGUACAAAGAAGCUGUAAUUGGAUUUUGUGAUGAAGUACAUCCACUUGCUAAGGCCAUAGGUGCUGUUAAUACUAUUAUAAGGAGGCCUACUGAUGGGAAGCUGGUUGGUUAUAAUACAGACUGUGAGGCUUCAAUAUGUGCAAUUGAAGAUGCUCUUAUAGAACAGGGAUGCACUAAUGGGGGAGCAUCUCCUCUUACUGGAAAACCAUUUGUGCUAGUCGGUGCUGGAGGUGCAGGAAGGGCAUUGGCAUUUGGUGCCAAGAGUAGAGGAGCUCGGGUUAUCAUUUUUGACAUUGAUUUUGACAGAGCAAAAUCUCUUGCUUGUGCUGUAUCUGGUGAAGCUCGGCCCUACAAUGAUAUAGUUAACUUCCAGCCAGAGAAAGGUGCAGUACUAGCAAAUGCAACACCUUUGGGAAUGCAUCCAAAUACAGAUCGGAUUCCUGUAGCUGAGGCAACCUUGGGGGAUUACCAGCUUGUCUUUGAUUCCGUGUACACACCAAGAAAGACCAGACUACUAAAAGAGGCUGAGGCUCUAGGAGCAAUCAUUGUGAGUGGAGUUGAAAUGUUCCUCCGUCAGGCCAUUGGCCAGUUCAACCUCUUCACAGGCAGAGAGGCACCUGAAGAGUUCAUGCGGGAGAUCAUCUUGGCAAAGUUCUGAUAUAUUUCUUCACAAAGAAGAUGUUCUAAUUGUACAUUGUGCUUCCAUUUACCCAUUUAUUGAAAUUGCAUUAUAAAAAAAAGACAUGGAUAUUCAAGAAUUACAUAUAUUGCUAAGACCCAGAAGUAAUCAAUAAAAUUUUCCAUCUCUCUC